AUGGAGCAGAUUUUUAUGAUAGAAGUGUUCGUUGAAAAAAUAAUAUUAAAAAUUGAACCCCCCGAAAAAGAUGAAUAUGAACUUCGGAUGGAAGAAGAAGAAAGGAGAAGAGAAGCGGAAGCUCUUGCAGCACUUGAAGCUGCUAAGAAGGGCAAAAAAGGUAAAAAGGGCGGCGGUGGUGGGAAAAAGGGGAAAAAAGGUAAACAACCACCUCCUCCAUCGGAAGAAGAAAUAAAAUUCUUACAAACAUGCACAUUGCAAAUGACCUGUCUACCACUUUUUGAUUUCUAUAUAGCUCAUGAUAAUUUCAUCGCACCACCUCCACCUCCACCUCCUCCAAAAAAAGGUAAAAAAGCUAAACCUGCAAAACCUAAGAAAGGUAAAAAAGGCGCUGUACAGAAAAUUGUUCUCCCUUCAGAACCCCUACCGGAGCCACCGUAUUUCGGCGUUGGUAACGCUGUUAUAUUUUUAUCAAGAGUUUCCAAAUUAGAAGAAACAUUAGCCAAAACUCCCAUGUAUAUAUCAGUAUGGAACAGAAAUCAGGAUAUGAACUGUAUAGGGUACGUUAUCGUUGAGUGGCACAAAUCAUUUUUUGAAUGUCUUGAGCAAGCAAGUGAAUUAAACCCGCCAGACUUGGAUAAUGGAGAAUACAGAAACACUAGGAGAGCAGAAAUAGUAACGAAUACUAUAGUGUUAAAACGAUCACUGCAGUGUGAGGAAGACCUGAAAGCAUCCGGUGAAAUUGAAUUCUAUAUUAAGUUAAGUUGUUUGGGCAAUAGGAUUAUGAGCUACUUCGUAUCGUUACCAGAGGCAGAACGUUUACCGGCCCGAAAAUAUGUAAGCGAUGAUUUAUAUUUAAAAGACCUAGAAAUUGUGAGGCAUUGGGAAGGGACAUUAAUUGAUGACCUUUUACCGGUAGCUUAUUUAUUUGGAGCACCUGAUAUAACCAGAGAUCCUAAAUGUCCAGAGGAAGAAGUUGUAGUGUACGAUGAUUAUGUUAUUCCUUAUACUAAGAGUGAAAUAGAAAUUGUUACGAUGGGUUAUCCUAAAAUGACAUGUUCGGCUAGAGAAUGUAUCAGGAGAAGGGGUUAUGGUACCAGCAAGCAAGAGGAGAAAAGAAAACAUGAUAAAAAAGAUACGACGGGUCCUUGCGGAAAAGAGGAUUGUCCUUUAGGAUUGCUAGGGUUUCAUCCAUUUAUCUGUGAUAAGGGUAUGUACAAAACCUGUAACAAACCAUGCGUCACAGAGGAUGUGCUACUACAGGACUAA